AUGCGUCUUCUCCUACUUCUACUCUGUCUUUGUCAUUUGACUUUUGGGGCUUUGAAGUUCGUACAAAUCGUAAGUCCAUUCUGAAUAUUGAAUCUUCGAGAGAUCCGGUUCAGUGGUUCCGUCAUGGUGAACGUCUUCCGACCCAUUAUUUACACUUCCCCGGAGAAGACGAGACAAAGUUUGAUUACCUACAAAUUGCGUACCCUGGAGAAUUAACAAAAGUGAUUAAGAUGUUUGAAUGGUUUGAUAAUUUUGAACAUUUCAUUUCAGAAUGGAAUCGGUCAAGAAUUUGAGCUCGGAGAACGGUUGUCAAAGAUCUAUGGUUCUCAUUUCGGAGACGCUUACAAACCAACAGAGGUCUGAGAACACUUCCGUACUUCCUAACAGAAUAGAAAUUUUGUUUCAGUUCCACGUCUACACCGGAAAAGAUAACCGAACAUCGGCUUCAGCACAAGCAAUGUUUGCCGGGUUCCUGCCGCCAAACGAGGAUCAGCAGUGGAGUUCGAAGUUGAAUUGGCAGCCGAUCGCCCAGGAAACUGAUGCCUCCCUGGACUGGGUAUUCAAAAUAUUAUACGUAUCAGUAAAUGAUCAGUAAACUGUCCUCCUUUAAGGUAUCACUGGGAGCUGUUGACAACUGUCGCAUUUACGGUGAAACGUUUUCAAAGUCAGCUGAGUACGCGUCCGUAAUGAAUCAUGUUGCGAAAUUGGACCCCCGACUUCUAGAGCUUGUCAGAAACCACACUGGAGUAGCUGUUUUGGAAGCCAAAAAUUAUAACCACGCCAUAGAUUCGUUGAAAAUUCGAGUAACGACCAAACGAAAAAAAAAUUCUAGACUUUGUUUACAGACUAUUCUAAAAGAUGAAAGGCUUCCACUUCCCAAAUGGGCUGAAGGAUAUGAAGACCGAAUUAUGAACAUGAGCUUUGCCAUUCAUGAUUCUAUUGUGAAAGUUCAGAAUGAGACUAUCGGAAGUAAGCUAGCUUCCGUGCAAAAUUAAAAAAACCCUUAUCACUUACAGAUUACCAUAUCGAACUUCUCAUGUCCUACUUUGAAACGUAUCUCCAGAAAAACGCAACGAAAGGUGUCUUUAUCAGUGGCGUAAGCAUUACGAAACGAACUAUUAAGUUUUGAACGAAAUAUUCCAGCAUGAUACGAACAUUGUGACAAUCUGGGAAGCUUUGCGAUUGAGCGGACAUCCAGACGAUAUUCCAAACUUUGGAGCUCAUUUGGCUAUUGAGCUUCACGAAAUUCUGGGUGAACUUACUUUGAAGGUGAAAACGAUGCAAUGUUUGGAAUUUGUAAUCUGAACGUUUUUAGUUCUUCUUGUCAAUGGCUUGGAAUCAAUCUCGAAUUGAAGUGUUCCCGGAGCUUUGCUCUGAAGCUGGAUGUACCUGGGAAGCUUUCAAAAACAUUACUGCGGUAACUUUUAUUGUCUGCUCUUAUAUAUUUUUGAUUAUAGCACUCACGCAAGCCAAGAUCAGAUUGGGUGUACGAGUGCCAGGGUUUCGAAAGAGUUUCGGAGCCGGUUUCAACGAUAACUGGUUUGUUUACAUUCAUUUACUGAUUUUGAUACUUAUUUUUCUAGGUUCAAUGAUCAUUAUGCUCUCAAUUCUGCUCCUCUCCACCAUCAUUCUCGGUUUCACAACUUUCUCCUACAAACGCCAGCUCAACAACCUGCGCGACCCAGAAAGAGCCCGUCUCUUGUAG